AUGGAGAUUUCGUUUGGGACUAUAAAGUCCGUCCUAAUAUUCUUCGGACCAAUUCUUCUACCCAAAGCAAUCGGAUACUAUCGAUCCGCGCGCGCAGCUCCUCAAAUACACGGUCUCGCUAUUCGACCCGCUCCGCCACAUGUUUCCCGCGCUCUCACAAUCCUGUUCAUAGCUUCCCUCGCUUUCCUCAUCAAGACCUUCCCUACAUUCACCACGCCCUCCCUCUUCACCCUCACUCAAUCUCGCCUCCAAAUCCCCACCGAUGUCCUGUUUACUCGUCUUCAGGGUCUACGUCCCAAUGGUCUUCUCCCUAGCGAGGAACUCUUGCGCUCGAAAUUUACAAGUAUUGAGUCCCGACUCUUGUAUCUGAAAUACGGCCCAGAUACCAUAACCGAUUGUCUCUUCUGCACCCCCGAAGACCCAUCAUCCUACCUCUACUACUCACUCGUCAGCAUCCUCGUCCCCCACCUCUUCAAUCUCUUUAUUCUCGCCCUCGUCACCAGUGGCCUCUUCAUCGGCAAAGAAGCCAGUAUCUGGCGACCCACCGCUACCAUGGCCGCCGUAGCCAUCGCUAUCCUCGACAUCUAUUUCGUCUCAUCCUACAACCACCAAAGCAAUUCCCGCACCACCCGAUUUGAAGAAAUCGAUUUCUUCCACUGGAACAUGCAACUCUAUCGCAACAUAGCCCUCGCCGCUCUCGACGGACUCCUCGGCUACCUCCUCUAUCUAUCAUCUACGCACCGCGCCUUCCUCACCCCACCCACUUCGGCCGAGCGAAUAGAAGCCACGACGAAAAUCAUAGAUCAAGCAAGAGGUAGAUUGAACGGCAUAGCAUUGAUGCGUAAUGCAACAGUCAGAGAUAGAGAUUUGAGAGAAAAGGUAGAGGAGUAUUGGGUGAGGGAAGGAAAUGUUAUGAGAGAGGUGCUGGAGACGAGGGAGGUGGUGGAUGGUGUGAGGAAUGCUUUGGAGAGUAGAGUGGAUUUGGUUGCGGUGCAGAGGGAUGCGGAGGGGUUCGCUGAGGCGGUUUUGGGCGCUGCUGCGAAUGUGGUUGUUUGA